GCGGGGCCCGCUGGGUGUGUGAGCAAAGCGCGGUCGGCUGGCGGUGGCUGGGGCACUCUCUCUCCUUUCCGCCGAGGGAAAGAGGCCGAGCGGCGCAGAAUGAUGCGGGUCCGGAGCCCUGCGUUGCUGAGGGAUCUGCUGCGGUUCAGCCAGAGCGGCGCGGUGGCCGUUGGCGGUGGCGGAUUUGGCUGUUGCCAUCGUCCGGUGCUGAGGCGGCUGCAUCUCGCUUUGCCCGCCGUGGCCGGCUGCCGUCCACCCAUACGGCUAGCGCCAGGCGGCAGCGGCGCACGCUCCUUAUGUACCCCGUCAGAGGAGAUCCUGGAGGGAGCGGGCAAGGGCCCUCCGCAGCAGCAGCUGCAGGAGCAGGCGGCUCCAUCCACGGAAAAGCCCGCCCCGGCAGCUACCAAUAACAGCCACAGCAAAGAAGCAGGCGGCUUGGGGGAAAAUAAGACAAAGCAAGGUCUCUUGCCUAGCUUGGAAGAUUUGUUGUUUUAUACUAUUGCGGAAGGUCAAGAAAAAAUACCAGUUCACAAGUUCAUCACGGCUCUGAAAUCUACAGGUUUACGAACAUCUGACCCAAGACUGAAAGAAUGCAUGGAUAUGCUAAGAUUAACUCUUCAAACAACAUCAGAUGGUGUCAUGCUUGAUAAAGAUCUCUUUAAAAAGUGUGUCCAAAGCAACAUUGUCUUACUUACUCAGGCUUUUAGGCGAAAGUUUGUCAUUCCAGAUUAUAUGUCAUUUGCCUCCCACAUUGAUGAGCUGUAUGAAAAUGCUAAAAAACAAUCUGGAGGACAGGUUGCUGACUAUAUUCCACAACUGGCUAAAUUCAGUCCUGACUUGUGGGGAGUGUCUGUCUGUACAGUCGAUGGACAGAGGCAUUCUGUUGGGGAUACCAAAGUUCCAUUUUGUCUUCAGUCCUGUGUAAAGCCUUUGAAGUAUGCUGUUGCUGUUAAUGACCUUGGCACGGAAUAUGUACACAGAUAUGUUGGUAAAGAGCCUAGUGGACUAAGAUUCAACAAAUUGUUUCUCAAUGAAGAUGACAGGCCACACAAUCCUAUGGUGAAUGCUGGAGCAAUUGUGAUCACUUCCUUGAUCAAGCAAGGAGCAAAUAAUGCUGAGAAAUUUGACUAUGUGAUGCAGUUCAUGAAUAAUAUGGCUGGAAAUGAAUAUGUUGGGUUCAGUAAUGCCACGUUUCAGUCUGAAAGAGAGAGUGGAGACCGAAACUUUGCAAUAGGCUAUUAUUUGAAAGAGAAAAAGUGUUUUCCAGAAGGCACAGAUAUGGUUGGCAUAUUGGACUUCUACUUCCAGCUGUGUUCCAUAGAAGUGACUUGUGAGUCGGCCAGUGUAAUGGCAGCAACAUUGGCUAAUGGAGGAUUUUGCCCAAUCACUGGCGAGAGAGUGCUGAGUCCGGAAGCAGUUCGAAACACUCUGAGUUUAAUGCAUUCCUGUGGCAUGUAUGACUUCUCAGGACAGUUUGCCUUCCAUGUUGGUCUUCCUGCAAAAUCAGGAGUUGCUGGUGGCAUUCUCCUGGUUGUUCCCAAUGUUAUGGGGAUGAUGUGCUGGUCACCUCCUCUGGACAAGAUGGGCAACAGCGUUAAGGGGAUACACUUUUGUCAUGAACUGGUUUCUUUGUGCAAUUUCCAUAAUUAUGAUAACUUGAGGCACUUUGCAAAGAAGCUUGAUCCUCGCAGGGAAGGUGGUGAUCAACGGCAUUCCUUUGGACCAUUGGACUAUGAGAGUCUUCAGCACGAACUUGCAUUAAAAGAGACUGUGUGGAAAAAAGUGUCACCCGAGUCAAAUGAGGACAUCUCCACUACUGUAGUGUAUAGAAUGGAAGGUCGGGGAGAGCAAAACUAAAGGAAUGGGCUCUAGUUUCAGAGAGUUUGCUUUUAUCUUUAAACAUGCUCCAGUUUCUCUAGAUUGCAGUUCCAGAUAAUUUAGUUUUGUUUUUGGUGUUUUGUAAAUAUUGCUUGAGAUACCAAAAAUUAGUAUCUAAUGUAAUACAAAUUGCUUUAAUUGCUUUUUCAGAAAGCAAAUUGGAAAAAAACAUGAAAAAGUGUGUUGUCUAAACUUGCUGUUGUGUCAUGCCUAAGGACUGAAUUCAGAAGGGAAUUUCUAGGGGUAUUGAAAAAAUACAGAAACCUUUCUAGGUAUAACUGUUAAAGGCAUAACUGUUACAAAGAAAAUUGGAGCAAUAGGUAUAGGAAAUUUCAUACCCAAAUCAUAUAUUUUUUAUAAGUGGAUACAUUUUACCGUUAAGGUUUGGUUGGAUUUUAGCACACAACAAUCGUUUCUUAGAUUUUUCUCUGUUCUGUUCUUAAGGACCUUAAUCCUUCAGUUGCUUUCAAUGUAAGCAAAUAUAUGCAAAGUCAUCCAUUCAAUUUGUACAGCACUGGAAAAAGCUGAAAAUGAACUGAGGUGACAGGACUCUUUGUAUCAAUCAUUUUGUAACAAUAUGUAGAAAUAUAGUUUAAACAAUAUAACAUGCUUAUAAAUAUUGGAACGUAUUACAGCGUAGAAAAGCAUUGAUAGUAAGCCCAAGUAAAUAUUCUAAUAGCAGCAUAUUGGAAAACUGCUUGUAUUGAGCCUUUGAUUUCCAAAAGCUGAUUGAAACAAUUGUUGAGGCACCAAAAUUGAGAUAUUUACUCUAGAUUCUACCUAAAGCAUACCAUGAAUGAAUAAAUAACAAUAGGUGCACUAAGUAUGUAUUUAAUAAUGUUGCAAAUAAAAUCACAAGUAGCAGUGGGGGUGUAGCACAGUUGAUUUCACGCUAGAUCCUUUUAACACUACUGAGGUAUUGUUUUUCUCCCAUUACCUGAAAAUGUAUUAAGUGCUUUUUGGAACCUCUAAUUUCUAUGUAAGCAAGAGGAAAGAGCCUGGGGUGGUCAAAAUGCUUUGCAUGUAGAAGGGCCCAGAUUCAGUCUGGGAGGUGCUGCUUAGUUUGGCCUUACUGAGGUAGAUGGACUGAUGGUCUGACUUGGUGUUAGACAACUUCCUGUGCAGUUAGCAGUGCCCUUCCACAUGGUUGAGAUCAUCUUAUAAUGCCUGUUCACAAGAAAGUGGCAUUCAGCAAAUGCUCUUUCCCGUUCUAAUUGAAAGCUUCCAGUUCACAAGCUUUGCCUGUUUUAUUGCUUCUGUGGUCAGUGUUGCUGAACGAUUAGUGAGUGAUUAUCACUUAUUUAGUCAGCUUCUGUUCCUGUUGUAUGUGUGAAUUAAAUUAGUGCUAUAAUUAGUGCUUAGUGAAAGAAAAGAGGGGGGGAGCAAGAAUGGCAAGAGACCCAGUAAUUUAACUUUUCUUCUCCUCUCUACCCCACCCCCAUUGGGGAGCAAAGCACAGGAGCGGCUGGAGGGAAGGGGUGACACUGUGUAUCUGGCUUCCUGUCAGCAGUGUCAAUGCGCUUUCCAGGAGAAAGAAAGAUCGGGGUGUGUAGGUUAGCACUGUGGGAGUGCUGCAUUGGCUCUUCUGAUGUGCCUAACCACCACCCACCUCCUCACUGCCUCUCCUCAAUUCCUAGCACUAAGUGCAGCAACCCCCGACAGGAGACUAAGUAUGCAGCAGCAGCCCUCCCUGCCUUCCACUCUGGUAAAAAUGGACUAAAUAAAGGGCAAUUCAUCUCCAGCUGCUGACCAGGGACGCAAUAAAAUAGCCUGGAUCUGCGACCAGGAAGCUUUCUGUUGAAAAGUACAAUUCCCUCUAAAAGUUCCAGCAGUGAUUUAUCAGUGCACAAUUGAUGGUGCUGCAAUUGUAUUUUACAGCAAAUAAAUUCACAACAAAUCAGGUCUGGGCAAAGCACAGGAGGAUAUCACAAAAGCUGUGCUGAUUCCCUAUAAAAAGUGAGUGAACAAGAGAUGUCAAUUCCAGAGGAAAGGGUUAGUGUGGAAGCAACCUACCUCUUUGAUCUAGAACAGGCUAAGAAAGUAGACUGAUCCACUUGUCUCCCACUAGUGCCUGUGGGUUACUGGGAUUCUUGCAAAGAAUGCUGGAUUGAGUGGUUGUUGGUCUUAUCAUGUAAGGCAUUUCUCAAUCAAAGUAGAUCACUGGUUAGCUUUCUUAAUGCACAUGGUUAUUCCUAAACUAUUAGGGGAUCCUAAGUAUUAAGUCUGUCUUUGUAAGCUUAAAAUGGGUUGGUCUAUCACACAAGAAGAAAGCAAUCCUAUCCCUGUCCUAGAUAAGGGACAUUCAGACUUUCAUGUGGGAAGGGGGACAAGGGAAAAAGGCAGCAUAUGUAACUAAAGGCCUGCUGUAGAUAGGUGUUUAUGUGUAUACGUCAUCCUCCUUGGGAAGAGAGUGUUUCCAUCUUCUGACAGCUUGUGCAUUUCCUCCUCAGUGAUUUAGAAGGUCCUGUAGGUCCUUUUAAUGUAAAAUCUUCUCUUACAGAGGAGACAGUCACAAGCCCAAGACUCAUACCAGUCAAUCCCAAGAAAGUAAAAUAUUGUCCAUGCAGGCCCUCAGAUAAACAUGGGGUGUGUGUGUCUAUUUUAUGGGGGAUGUGUGUGGUGACUGAUGGACCUAAUCAACAAGAAAGAGUAGGACCAUAAUAGCUCUGGGAUAUGCUUUAAAAGUCUUUGAAAAAAGGAGUGCUGCAAAUUAAAAUAACAAAAACCAAAACUAUGCACAAAUCAAUUCCAUGAACUCCUGAAUGAUCAAUCAGCACAACUGUUGGGGUAGAGAAAUGUGGCACUCAAAGCCUCCUAUAUUGUAAUGACUGGGAGGACCUGAAUAAUCAUAUUUGGACUGGAAGGUGUUGGGUGCCUGUCACAUUUGGAUUGGUAGGGCUGCCUUUUAAAGACAGUCUGGAAAAUUUAGCUGCCAUAAAAUUCAGCCACUAGAAUGUUUGUAGAGGCUAGGCAGUUUGAACACAUUAGACCAAUUUUAUAUCAGUUGCGUUGGUUAUCCACUUGUUUCUGGGUUCAAUUUAAGUGUUGUUCGAAGGACCUCCUACACCUAUAUGGAUCUCCCUGGGUCAUUAUGUGGACCUUGCAGGUCAGGCUGUCUGGCCCACUACUAAGGCUGAUCAGAUCAGUGGAUAUUGGGACAAGGCCUUCUCAGUAGUGGCCCCACACUUACAGAAUUCCGUUUCCUAAGAACUGUGCUUGGCCCCUUCCCUUGUGGUAUUUUUAUACUGCUGAACUUUUUGUUGAUUCUGUUGCUGGCCCCCUAUAAUUUUAGUUUAUGCUGUUUUAUAUUUAGUUGUUUUUAUUGUAAGCUGCUUUGUGAUGGCUUUCCAUAAAAGGUUGGUGGUGGCAAUUAAUAUUGUCCUUUUUUCUUUCUGUGGAGCUGGGUGCUUCCUGGAGAGAGGUGAUAAGAAGUGGACUUGUGUUAGUUUGCAUACUCCCCCACUCUCCUGCAUAUUUCUCUCCCCACUUUGAGAAAGGCGAGUCUGCACAAGAUUUAGCAUGGAGGAUAGCUCAUAAAUAUGAGACCAUGAAACCAUUAAUUUAUGUGGUAUGGAAAGUGUUGCUAAGAGUGGGUUUCAGUUUUUUUGAGGUAUACAUCAGGAUGGAGACAAUUCUCUCCUGUCCCAACAGCACCAUUACUACUUUCCUGGGCUCUUCAUUUCAGUUCUUUACAAAAUAAGCAUCUCUGAAGCAUUUGCUGAUCUUUGGUGUCCUUGGCAUGGUUGUAUUUAGGAAGCCCUCCUUAACUUGCUUCAAUAGAUAGUAAAGGAAAGUGUUAAUUUAGUAAGUUAGGGUUGUAUCCAACAAAGCCAUCCUGUUUGUGGAAGAAUUUCUACUUGCACAAUGAAGCUGUGCCCCAACCCUGUAGAGCAAAUUUGAGGGGGGAGGCUGCAGGGAGAGAGAGGGAAACUUCCAUUGUGCAAGUGGCUUUUGUGAAUGGGUGAUUUCGGUGGAUAUAACCCAUAAUGUCUGGGCCAGUAUGACAACCUAGAUCAUCCAUGAUGAAGAAUUUUCAUACACAAGUUAGUGCUGUGUACACAAGCGGAGACAAGCUUGAGUGAAGGCUCAGGUUUGUGUGCUCUCCCUCCUCUUCCUCCUCCUGUACAGCCACGAGAAGAACUUCUACAGCAUUUAGUUUCACUUUCUGUGAAUCCUGGCUUGUCUUAAUGUACAAACCAGAAGUCAUGGUUUAAAACGUUUAAACUUUGGUUAGCUAAACUAGCUGGUUUGUUUUGAAACUGACCAGAAUUUGUUAUCCGGUUUGUAUGUAAGAACAAGCCAAGGAUCAUGGAAAGUGAAACUAAAUGCUGCAGGGGAAGGAGGAAGGGUGCAGACUGAUACUCCAUCUUGUACACAUAGUGCUAUGGUUUAGUAUUAUGUGUGCACAAAAUCUUUGACAAUAGUUUUCUCUGCAUCUUUGCAAAAGAAAGUGUAAUGUGAAUGAGCAUUUUGGCCAGUCUAGGUUUUGCAGUCAUGCUAAAGACCUGUUGAAGCACCUCACGUAUGGAAAUGCCCAUGUGACCGUAUAAAAUAGGAUGUGACCUCAGCCUAAUGGGCCUGAUUAUAUUCAGCAGCAGCUACAUUCCGGUGGAAAUCUGUCACAUGAGCAAGAUCACAAAUAUUGUAUUAAGCGCUGCAAAAUAUUAAAUGUUUUUGCCUAAAUAUUCUUAAUAAAGCUUAAUGUACUUUUGUGUUCACGGCAAUACCAGUUCUUGAUAUUCAAGCAUUUUACUUGUCGUAUUUUUUCUUUUUCUUUUGUUGGCAUCAUUAAUGCUCCUUUGGAAAUGUAAAAGCAUUUAAACUUUGCUUUGGCAUGUGUUGUAUGCUUUUGCUUCAGUUGAAGUGAUAUAUCAUGUGCCCCAUUUUUCGUUUGCAUUGUAUGUUAUUUAUGUAUCUUAAGCACAUACCCUUUUG